AUGCAAACCAUAAAGUGUGUCGUUGUCGGCGAUGGUGCCGUUGGUAAAACAUGCCUUUUGAUUUCCUACACGACGUCAAAGUUCCCAGCUGACUACAUCCCUACUGUUUUUGACAACUAUGCCGUUACAGUGAUGAUUGGUGACGAACCUUUCACCUUGGGUCUCUUUGACACCGCCGGUCAGGAAGAUUACGACAGAUUGAGACCUUUGUCUUACCCCUCGACAGACGUGUUUUUGGUGUGUUUCUCCGUCAUCACCCCUCCUUCUUUCGAGAACGUUAAGGAGAAGUGGUUCCCUGAGGUGCAUCACCACUGCCCUGGUGUGCCAUGCCUUAUAGUCGGCACGCAGACCGAUUUGCGUGACGAUAACGUUAUAAAGGAGCGUUUGCACAGACAGAAGUUGAGCCCUAUCACGUAUGAACAGGGUGAGAAGUUGGCUAAGGAGUUGCGUGCUGUCAAGUACGUUGAGUGCUCUGCCUUGACGCAGAAGGGUUUGAAGACCGUGUUUGAUGAGGCCAUUGUGGCUGCUUUAGAGCCACCCGUGAUCAAGAAGUCCAAGAAGUGUGCUAUUUUAUAG